GCUGUCAGGCAUUCCACAGUCCCAUUUCUCCUAGUUCUGUCGACUGGACAUGUGCAGAAUUUUACUAAAGAACAUUCUUGAUCUUUGCUCAGCUGAGCUGGCGGGGAGCAGCCACCCAUUCGGACGGCCUGUUACCAGUGUUAGCUUGAAAGCUGUUGCGCCGCUUCGCUGACAAGUAGGUUCGUGACUUGGCCGCCUCCAGAGCAACGAUAUUCAAGAUGCCCAAGCAAGGAGAAAGCGAAGACAUCUUCAGAGCGAGCCCGGACAGCAUGUCGCCAGGAUUGGUGUCGUCUGGCGACUCGUCCACUUUGACCACACCCGUCUAUGAAAGACCUCUGGAGUCCGAGGCAUCUGCAGCUGCGGUGGAGGAGACGGAUGGCGGCAAAGUGAGCCAGUUUGACCACAUCACAUUCUGGGUUGGCAACGCUAAGCAAGCGGCGACAUUCUAUAUCGCACGGUUUGGAUUCCAGCCAUUGGCCUACCGUGGACUGGAGAAUGGCUCCCGAGACAUGGUCUCACAUGUCGUCAGAGCUGGACAGACCAUUUUCAUGUUCCAAUCAGCGCUGUUGCCAGGCAAUGAAGAGAUGGGAGAUCACUUACGCGACCAUGGUGACGGUGUUCGGGAUGUGGCCUUCACAGUCGACAACUGCAGAGCCGUGUUCAAGAGGGCUGUGGCUAAGGGAGCAACGGUAAUCAGACAGCCACAAGAGCUGGAAGAUUCGAAUGGAACCGUAACCCUAGCAACCGUCAGAACCUUUGGAGACACAACACACACGUUUGUGGAACGAACAAAUUACACUGGGGAAUUCCUGCCAAGCUAUACACUCCUCAAACCAGAUCCUAUUCAAGCGUUUCUUCCGUUCAUCGACAUUCAAGUUGUGGACCAUGUUGUGUGCAACCAAGAUUGGGAUCAGAUGGAGAGUGUAGCCGAAUGGUACGAGCGGAAUCUCUCCUUCCACCGUUUCUGGUCCGGCUAUGACAAAGAGACCCACACUGAGUUCACGUCAAUGCACACUGUCGUGCUGACAAAUGAAGCCGAGACGAUCAAGCUUGGAAUCACCGAACCAGCGGUCGGCCGUAAGAAGAGCCAAAUCGAGGAGUAUGUCACAUUCUACGGUGGUGCAGGUUGUCAGCACAUCGCACUCAAGACACCCAACAUCAUAGAAUCAGUGAGUCGGCUGGUGGAACGUGGCACGUCCUUUCUACCUAUCCCUGCCAGUUACUAUGCCAGUCUGCGUGAGAGACUCAAGAACUCCAAGGUCAAGAUCACCGAAAACUUAGAUGAGUUGGAACGACUCAACAUCUUGGUGGAUUUUGAUGACAACGGUUACCUGCUCCAGUUGUUCACAUCUCCAAUGCAAGACAGGCCAACCGUCUUUCUAGAACUUAUCCAGAGGAAUAACCAUUCGGGAUUCGGAGCUGGAAAUUUCAAAUCGCUCUUCCAAGCGAUUGAAGAGGAGCAAUCUCGACGCGGCACACUAUAAUGCGCAGUGGGUUCUGUUUUGGGAUGCUUCCCGUUGCUGCUGCUAUUGUAGCGUUGGCACGCUAGUAACUCACACAGCUGCAGCGUGAAUCACUUUCAAUGUAUUGGUCACGCGUGUUACACCGCACCCGUACCCCGCACUUGCAACUCUGUACCGUGCUUGCAGAUCCAUGACAUGGAUAGCAACUAGUCUCACUGCGUUCAAUGUUUCAUAUUGACCUUAGAAAUACUGCUGCACUUUCAACCGCCUCUUUUACGCCCAUUGCCCACAUCGCAUUCAGCUCCUUCUUCUGCAUAGAACCAAAUAGCAUUCCUUGUGCAAUGACUGUGGCCCACACAUCUUACUGUGACCUUUCUUCUUCUACUCUACGUAUCCCCUGGUCAUAGGCUGGCUUACUUACACUAACAGUUCCUCACCCUAUAAAAGCUGCUGUUCACAAUUCUCUACAGUUCAGUUAGAAACUACAGUCAGAAAGGCCAGUUAGAAAGGCCAGUUAGAGAUACCAGUUAGAACCUUCUUCAUGUCAGUUUAGAGUUAGAGUCAGAGUUAAUGUUUACAAUGUAGUCUUCCGUUUAGUUCAGUAAGAAUUAUUAUUAACAGUGUGUUCACUGAGACCCGUCUGCAUUUGCCUCCGAGAGAGACUGCGGCCCGCAACAGAAUUGGUGCCAGCGGUGGGAUACGCUACAGAAAUGGUGCCAGCGGUGGGAUUCGCUACAGAAAUGGUGGCAGCGGUGGUACAAUUUUUAUAAUUGCUAGAUUCGAACCCACCUAGUAUCUGUAUUGCAUUGAUGGCAGCGGCGCUACAGAAUUGAUGGCAGUGGUAAAUUGUUUUAUUGGUGUAACCGGUACCAGCAUGGCCCAACCGGAUGCGUCAGUCGCCGCUACUCCUUCGCCCGCCACGUCUCCCCCUAGCCCAAAAUGAUGACGGACAGCGUCUCUACCGAUCAAGCUCCAUGUCCAACGUGAGCUAAUUCCCGAUAUGGCAUUUUCUUUCCUGUCUUCCUUCAGUCUUCCUGUUCUCUUCAGUCUUCCUUUAUGCGAGUGUGUGAAUCCAGUUUAGUUAGGUAGGCGUCCGAUCAUGGUGAGCCACGGUCUAUCUAGCUAACCUGGGAUAAUGUGUGUUAGAGUGCCCUUUGUCCAGUUCAGUUUGGAACUGUGAACUAUUUUUAUGGCUCAAACGCCAUGGUGGUACAGCAAGUGCGCUGUGAGUCCUAUUUGGAGGACAAUUUUUUCCCCUUUGGCCCCGUGAGAUCGUGUGAACCUGGAGUGAUGCUAUUUUAUGAUUUUGUUAUCAGUUCAUUUCUUCUGUCUACUCUCAAAGGUUAUCAUUUCCGAUAUUAUUUUGCCAUAUUCCGGUUGACGCUGUACCAGUAUGAUGCGCUAUCUCCUAUAAUGUUCAAUGUUUAUGUUCGCACCACCUCUCAGUCCUGUGAUCUGCUGCUGCGCUCCAGCCAGUACUUCAAUGUCAGUUGUCCUCAUUGCGUCCGGAUAUCAACCGAGGCUGUUCACAAAUACAUACCUGUAUAUGCAAGUAAUCCAUUCUGCCUGUCUUCUUCCGUCGAGGUUAUUCCGACGCGACCAUGCAUGCCUCCAGUGUCUUCUAAUCUCAGUCGAUUGUCGGAGUCCGGCUAUAUCAACUAAUCUUACUCGCCCAGUCUAGUCUGCGCAUCUCCAUGAUCUUCUACCAGUGUUCGUCACUUCGUGUUCUGCUACUCGGACUCUAAUCACGAGGACGUGAUUCUUAAAGAAGGAAGGUGUAGCGUUGGCACGCUAGUAACUCACACAGCUGCAGCGUGAAUCACUUUCAAUGUAUUGGUCACGCGUGUUACACCGCACCCGUACCCCGCACUUGCAACUCUGUACCGUGCUUGCAGAUCCAUGACAUGGAUAGCAACUAGUCUCACUGCGUUCAAUGUUUCAUAUUGACCUUAGAAAUACUGCUGCACUUUCAACCGCCUCUUUUACGCCCAUUGCCCACAUCGCAUUCAGCUCCUUCUUCUGCAUAGAACCAAAUAGCAUUCCUUGUGCAAUGACUGUGGCCCACACAUCUUACUGUGACCUUUCUUCUUCUACUCUACGUAUCCCCUGGUCAUAGGCUGGCUUACUUACACUAACAGUUCCUCACCCUAUAAAAGCUGCUGUUCACAAUUCUCUACAGUUCAGUUAGAAACUACAGUCAGAAAGGCCAGUUAGAAAGGCCAGUUAGAGAUACCAGUUAGAACCUUCUUCAUGUCAGUUUAGAGUUAGAGUCAGAGUUAAUGUUUACAAUGUAGUCUUCCGUUUAGUUCAGUAAGAAUUAUUAUUAACAGUGUGUUCACUGAGACCCGUCUGCAUUUGCCUCCGAGAGAGACUGCGGCCCGCAACAGAAUUGGUGCCAGCGGUGGGAUACGCUACAGAAAUGGUGCCAGCGGUGGGAUUCGUUACACUAUUACUACUACCACUACUGCAACUGCUGCUGCUGCUGAGGAUGAUGAUGAUGAUGAUGAUGGUGCUGAUUAUGCACUACAGCUGACAAUCCCAUUAUCAUUCUACAAUGCUAGCAAUAUUUUCUGAUCACUAUCUGCUCAUGUCACCUGUCGAAUGUUGUCUGUUUACUGGGUUCGUCUCAAUUAUUAUAAAAAUUUGUGCAAAUCUUCAAUUACUUUUAAAUGUCUCUGUUUUCACCAUAACGUCUAUGCUGUGGCUGGAUGAUGCCCAAAUGAUGCACUGAUACUUAGGCACUACUCCAGGAACUACUUACUGGCGGUCAACAAGUUGCCUGAUCUCUCUGCGGCUGCUAGCCAUUACAAUUCACCCGAACAAAUUAAUGCUGAUUGCAACAGGACUAAUGCGUAUCACUGCCUGCUAUUGUACUAAAAAUAGCUCACGGCAAUCA